UCGAUCACGUUGCCAUCUCACUAGCCUACAUUUCGGCGGCCGCCGAAGGCCCGAAACCGUCGGGCGUCUCAGGGAGGCGCUGACGGGGGACUCGGAGUUGAGGCGCCGGAGUGGCGGCAUCCCCCUCCAGUCCCAGUCCACUACUUUCUCUGUUCCUUUCCGAGACAGGCACGCACGACACGCGCUCGCACGCAGAGCAACUGCUUCGAUCUCUCCGUGUCCGUCCUCUACUCUCUAGCUAACCGCGGUCGGCCCGGGGAGGUGGCGAUGGGCAGCGAGGACAUGCUCGUCGAGAUCCACCCCCGCGAGCUCCGCUUUCUCGUUGAGGUGAAGAAGCAGAGUUCAUGUUGUAUCCAUCUUGUUAAUAAGUCAGAUCAAUAUAUCGCAUUCAAGGUUAAAACAACUUCUCCAAAAAAAUAUUGUGUUCGACCAAAUAUAGGAGUUAUUCUUCCAUUGGCAUCACGUGAUUUUACAGUUACUAUGCAAGCGCUAAAGAAUGUUCCACCUGAUUUGCAAACAAAAGACAAGUUUCUUGUGCAGACCACAGUUGUUCCAUUUGGUACAGCUGACGAGGACAUCGUUCCUGCUUUUUUCUCCAAAGAAACUGAUCAAUAUAUUGAGGAGAAGAAGUUGAAAGUUGUCACUGUCAGAGUAUCAGAGCCUCAAGUAGAGAAGCUCAUCAAUGGAGUUCCCCAUGCCAAGGAAACAGCUGGAGUUACUGUGGCAGAGCAGACACUAGAUAGUGUGAAUGAAGCACCUAAUGUGGUGAAUGAAGUUCGUCAUUCUCUGAAAGCAAGCUUUCCGUCUUUAAGUGGAACUCCUGCUACUUUCAAUGAAAACUCCUCAUCUGUAAACGAAUGCCCUACUAUCCUGCAAGAAUUUCUAGUCCCAUCCAAACAAGCUUCAUUUGCAUUGUCAGAAUCUGCUUCCAAUUUGCAAGAAUCCUCUGUUGCCUCUAUAGAAACUCUGUUUUCUUCAACAGAAGCAAGUGUAGACCUGAAAGAAUCUCCACCGCUGGAAUAUACUCCUGCUCCAAGUGAAGUUCCAUCAUUAAGUGAUAAAGAAUCUACCAAUGCUGAUAAUGUUUAUAUACCUCAGCAGGUAACCAAAGAUUUUCAAAAUUUACAGAUGAAACUUAACAAUCUUGAAGUAAAACUUGAUGAGGCUAAAACUUUGAUUGUAAAAUUGAGGGAAGCAAACAGAACUACCAUCCUAGAGCGGGAUAAAUUGCAGAAAGAGAUGGUAUUCUUGAAAAGGGCGGAAGCUGCUGCAAGGAGUCAGUCCAUCGGUUUUCCCCUGCUUUUCGUCAUCUACGUGGCAGUUGUUGGCAUUUUGCUCGGUUACCUUCUACACCUAUGAGGACGGUGAAUUUUAGAAGAAGCACCUGCGCCAUUGCUGAUCUCUCUUGGAGUCGCUGAGUUCCUGAACCUGGGUUACUUUGUCAGAGUGAACCUACUGUCACGUCAUGAUUGUCACAUUAGUCAGAUGAACUUGCAUACAUCUUAGGACCGGGGGUGAUAAUUACUGGAGUAUAUAGAAAUAGAGCAGCUUAAUUUUUUACUUGGUAUAAGAAUAGAGUAGUGGUUGAUAUAUGCUUUGAUCGAGAAGGCCCUGUAACCAGGAGAUCAUAUCCUUGAUACUUCUCCUUUCAUGACAAGGAACCUCCCCUUGUCCUUGUCACAAUACGAACAGAAACUAUAAAGAGUUUGUUGACCUUGUCAAUUAGGUUA